CCACCUGCAGUCGCGAGUGGGUGACAGGGCCCCCUUCUCCACGCGCUUCGCGACCCGGAACCCUGAGUGGAGGCUAAACCUCUCCAGGUGUGCCUUUGUGCUUUGUGCCUUUACCCCAACCACAGAAAAUGAUGAGGUCCCAGGGGUCGGUUUCAUUCACUGAUGUAACUGUGGACUUCACCCAGGAGGAGUGGGAACAACUGGACCCCUCUCAGAGGAUUCUCUACAUGGAUGUGAUGCUGGAGAACUACAGCAACUUACUUUCAGUGGAAGUGUGGAAGGCCGAUGACCAGGUGGAGAAGGACCCCAGAGACCCAGGUGAGCAGGGGAGGCCACUUAGGACUCUCAAGAACCAACCACCAACUGAAGAAAGAGGCAGUCUUUUUGGAAAGACUUUAAAUCUGAACACAGACUUUGUUUCGUUAACACAAGUUCCCUAUAAACAUGAUUUAUAUGAAAAAACUUUGAAACAUAAUUCAGACUCACUUAGUAGUGGAAGCUGUAUAAGAAGGAAGAGUGAGGAGUGCAGUGGAUUUGGGAACCCACUUCUGUGUCUGAAGCAAGAGAAGCCCCAUGCUGGAGUGGAGUACUCAGAAUACAAUGGGAAUGGAAAGUCUCUCAGCCAUAGAGAAGUCAUCUUUAAACAUCAGAAAAUCAAGAACUUAGUUCAGCCUUUUGUCUGUAAUUACUGUGACAAGGCCUUCUCCUUCAAGUCGCUCCUCAUUAGCCAUAAGAGGAUACAUACAGGAGAAAAACCCUAUGAAUGUAAUGUGUGUAAGAAAACCUUCUCCCAUAAGGCAAACCUCAUCAAACAUCAGAGAAUUCAUACCGGAGAGAAACCCUUUGAAUGCCCCGAGUGUGGGAAAGCCUUUACCCACCAGUCAAACCUUAUUGUGCACCAGAGAGCACAUAUGGAGAAGAAACCGUAUGAAUGCAGUGAGUGUGGAAAGACAUUUGCUCAGAAGUUUGAACUCACUACACACCAGAGAAUCCACACAGGAGAGCGACCCUAUGAGUGUAAUGAAUGUGCAAAAACCUUCUUUAAGAAAUCAAACCUCAUUAUACAUCAGAAAAUUCACACAGGGGAAAAACGCUAUGAGUGCAGUGAAUGCGGAAAAUCAUUUAUCCAGAACUCACAACUCAUCAUCCAUAUGAGAACUCAUACUGGGGAAAAACCCUAUGAAUGUACUGAAUGUGGCAAAACUUUCAGCCAGAGAUCAACUCUUAGAUUGCAUUUGAGAAUCCACACGGGAGAAAAACCCUAUGAGUGUGCUGAAUGUGGGAAAGCCUUCAGCAGAAAGUCUCGACUCAGUGUCCAUCAGAGGGUUCACACAGGAUAGGUCCUGAGGCUACAGUCGGACUGCACCAUGGAAAAGGGUCAAACCAGAAUUCUUCCAAUGAAGGAGAAGCCUUCAGGAAGAUACUGAAGGAACUUGGGAAAUUGUUUUGAAAUGCAAGCUAACUAAAAACUUAAGAAAAAAGAUAGCGUAAGAAUAUUAUACUGAAAGUUAGUAUCCAUAUAUGUGUGUAUUUCAGUACCUAUAUCUCCAGAUCCAGUUGUAAAUAGACAUGCCCAGCUCCCUUUCCCUGAGCCUUUUUGACUUUUUGUGCUGCUGGGAUUCAAACCUAGGAUCUUGCCUGUGCUAGGCAAGUUUUUUUUACCACUGAUCUACAUCCCCAGUCCACAGUGACCUUUUUAAAAUCUUGAAUGAAUUUAAUAUUCUAGGAGGAAAAAUUAAGUUUAUAUAGACAGUACCUUAGACCUUUGUAUUUAAGGAUAUGCCACACAACAAAUUGUUUUAAAUCUGUUUAAGUUAAUAGCUAUUGGGAAUUUGAAGUGCUCAUCCAUGAAAUUGCAUCACAGCAAACAAGGUUUCCCAUACUCAGCAUCACACAUGUGUCUCAGUACCUUUCCAACCCAGCGUGCAUCCAGAGGGGAAUGUGAUGGAACCUGAAGUCGUGUGUGCCUGUCUCCCUCACAGCCGCUCCCUAAGUCCAUGUGGCCAUUGUACACGAGCUGCCUGGUCACUGAAGGAAAAGCAGUGUUGUUGGUUCUCACCUGCUCCUGGGUUUGGAGUUUUUCUAGAGCGUUAUUUAUAUAAGUAUGCAAAGGUCUGAGGUAAUUGUGAUCUAAAGAGUGAGAGAGGCAGUGUGAACUCUGACCUGGUAUCCAUUGCCGACCAGAGUUGUGCUGUGCAGGGAACGUCCUCCUAUCAUGCUCUUGUUCUUUCUCCCUGAGACGUUUACACACAAGUGCGUGUCUAUUUCCAGAAUACUGUCUACCCUGGAAAACUAUUUUUGUAUCUCUUGUCUUCCUCUUAAUGCUUUAUGAAUUGUCCUACCAAAAAAAAUAUAUGGGUAGGGUUCCUGUGUAGCUCACAAAUGUUACAUUUCAGAGACUUUAAAGAAAAAAGAACUGUCCAAAGCUGUGUUUUGUUGCUUUUUAUAGUUCCCAUGUGCAUAAUCCACUUUAGAAGUUGUUUUUGCUGUGUCCUUUAAAGGAGGUAUUUCUGCUUUCUCCUCAUAUAACACUUUCCUUUGGAAUCGGGCUUAGCUUUAACUGUCACCUUGAGUUUUGGUGUUCACAGCACUUUAUGAGUAUCAUAUUUACUUUUCUAUUGCAAUGACAAACACCAUGACCAAGGCAGCUUAGAAGAAAGCAUUUAGUUUGAGGCUCACAGUUCCAUAGUGUUAGAGUCCCGUGACCGUCAUAAGAGGAGGAAGCGUGGCAGCAGGCAGGCAUGAUGAAGCAGCACUUAGAGCUCACAUCUUGAGACACGGGCAGAGGAGAGCAAGCUAACUAGGAGUGCUGUGGCCUUUUGAGGUCACCUCCAGUGACACGCUCAUCUUUACCAAACAGUUCCACCAACCGGAGACCAAAUAGUCAAACCUAUGAACCUAUAGGGGCCAUUCUCAUUCAAACUCCACAGUAAGUGAGACUUCAGUGGUCUCCUUAUGUUGGCAGCUGACGUUUACAAAGUUAGGUUUUUGGGUUUUUUUGGUUUUUUUUU